CCAGACGUCAAUGAACUGCCACUGCUACGAUUCUCCUGAUUCCUAUCUCGACUUCUAAGUCAUCACCUAUCGUCUGCCAUCAUCGGCUCGCAUGUGCCGUCAUGGCUACACAUCUACCUGCAACCUCCGGCGCGGGGUCCCCUCCGCAGAGCGUGGAAUCCAUCACUCGAAAGGCUCAGGACUAUGAGUACGACCCGUCUAUUCCUUUGCGCUACUGGCUACGGACAGCGUCUACGCUCAUGAGAGAGGCCCGCAUUUAUGAACGCGAAAAGCACGAGGAACAAGCCUAUCUUUUAUUAUUUCGCCAUGCUCAGUUGGUGCUUGUCAACCUGGCCAGACACCCCGAUGCCAAGGAUGAGAAGAAUCGGAAAGCUCUGGUGGAGGCCGAAAGUGAGGUGAAGCGAAACCUGGAGGUCAUGGAAGUCUUGAAACCCCGAAUCAACAAACGCUACGAGCGCUAUACUCAACUGAUGCGUGAACGGCAAGCCCACGCUCCAGCAUCAAAUGCCCCAUCCAACCAACGCCAACCGCACGAUCCCGCCCUCGCAGGGGUCGUGGAACCUCUGGAAGCAGGUGAAAACAGGGACCUGGCGGUGCAACUCGCUCGGACUGAGAUCAGUCGAAGAGCGACCGUCCGGAAAGCCAUCCGUCAAGCCGGUAUCUCCCCUGAGGAGGAACAGUCUCGCCGCGCGGCUGGCGUGUGGGGUGACUGGGAUCAUGCUCUGCGUAAAGAUGGACCGGGAGACGAUGACCUGAGCCGGCGGAUACAGAACGUGAGAAUUCAGAUGGACGAUCCGCGGGCGGACCGUCGUCCACAGGUCGCUACCAAGCCAGUCCGGCCGUCCACGGCGACUGCUUCCAGCACCGCCUACAAGUAUCCAAGCGUCCCUCGCCAGAAGCCGCUAGGACCGGUUCUGUCACCCGCAAGGAUAGAAACUGGGGACAGAGUUCCGCCUCCCAAAGCACCGGCGCUACCUCCCAAGGAGAGCUCACAUGCUUUUGAGCUGGCUGGCCUUGAUGGGCCUUUACCGCCCCCUCGUCCGGACAAGCUUGUACCAGCAGCUACUCCAGCCGAGGUUCCUGCACUGCCUGCGAAAGUGCAACCAGCACCGGACGGGCCGGAUGCAUUGGACUCAUCCAACUUUACCUUCAAGCCUUCGGCUUAUCUGGAGAACGGAACCCCUCUGCGGACUUUGUUUCUCCCACCGGAUCUCCGAAAACACUUCAUGUCGCUCGUCGCCCCCAAUACGCAGCGGAAUCUGGAGACGUGUGGAAUCCUUUGCGGCACUUUAAUCUCCAACGCGUUGUUUGUGUCGAGGCUUCUCAUCCCUGAACAGACUGCCACCUCGGAUACGUGUGAGACGGUAAACGAGACGGCAAUUUUUGAUUACUGCGAUUCGGAGGACCUGAUGGUACUCGGCUGGAUCCACACACACCCCACGCAGACAUGCUUCAUGAGCUCGCGCGACCUCCAUACACACUGCGGAUAUCAGGUGAUGCUACCGGAGAGCAUCGCAAUUGUCUGCGCGCCGAGCAAGACCCCUGACUGGGGAGUGUUUCGACUCACUGAUCCUCCGGGACUGAAGACGGUGCUCAACUGCACGCAGUCCGGGCUAUUCCAUCCCCACGGAGAGGCAAACAUUUACACCGAUGCCCUGCGGCCCGGUCAUGUCUUUGAGGCCAAGGGACUUCCGUUUGAGACGGUUGACCUGCGCCCGAAGGGGGCUCAAUCAUAAGAAGUGGCUAUGUGAUUCUAGCGAUUCUAUAUGUCUGGUUCUGUUGAGCGUGAUAGCAUACGAUUACGAGGAGCUAAUGAGAAACGUGCACUAGUUGAGUCAGCUCUAGCACGCA